GUUAGCCAAACGCGUGUUAGGUGCAAAAGAAGACAAGCACAGCGAUUGGCUAACAGCUAUUCACUUUACGUAUUUUCACUACAUUUGAGUUACACAAUCGAUCCCUUGAUCGAAUUUCCCCGCUCUGCACGUGGAUAAUUACGUUUUUGGCUCAUUUUCGAACACACCUAUAGUCUACAAUGCUUCAGAGCAUGUAAACGUUUGCACGACGAACAGACUUAUGCUCAAAUAUGUCAUUUGUGUUUAUAUGCCAUAGUGAAUAACACUUACGUUACGCAUCUUUUUGAUUUUGAUAGCCGCUAAUAUUUCACGUUAUUCAUAAGGAAUGUAAUGACGUUGAUCAGAUAAUUAUUUUGGAUUCCUUGCAUACUAAUUUUUAUAGCAGUAAUGGAUGAAGCUUGUGAGUCAGCCUUUCUUCAUGAAGGAAUAUUACCGACUGCAAACCCACAUGAUUAUCACUGUUAUAUUUGUGACAAAGAUAUUAAAGGUAUAAAAUGUGGUAUCCAACAUUUACAAGGUAGACCUCACAUAUCAGCGCUUAAGAAAUUUGAAGAAUCAUAUGAGAAAUGCAAUGGACUUGUGAUUUGUAAGAUAUGCAAGUUUGAAGGUUCAUGGCCUAUGUAUACAAUGCACAAAUCAUUCCACAAUUCUUCGAUAGAAAAAAAUUCCAAUAGUACUUCCAUGAGUAACCAUAAUACAAAUUUUAAUGAUAUCAUUGGUAAUAAAAAGCCACAGGAUUUGUAUGAAAUGUUUGCACUACACUUUAUUUCGAAACAUCAACAACAAUUUUAUUGUCAUUUGUGUUAUUGCAUAUUGCCCAGUUGGUUUCAUGCAUAUCAACAUAUUGAGAGUGAAUUGCAUAAAAAAAGCCUAGUUGGAGUAGUUACAACAUUUUUACCAGGCAAUGAUACUACAGAAUUAAACAUCUUAAAAGUUAGAGCGAGAGAAUUGAUUGAGAAUUGCAUUUUUCUACAAAAACCUCAUGAGUAUAAUUGUUUUACUUGUUGUAAACUUGUAUCAGGUUUACAUAAUUUAACUCAACAUAUUCAUGGAUCAAAUCACAGAAAAUGCAAAGCAACAGUAAAAUUCAUAGAUAAGGAAACUGGCCAAAUUCCCCAAAAGACACAAGUUGUUGCAAAUAAUGUGAAAAUGGAUAACAAAACACAACUUAAAAUACCAGAUCGUUUGAAAUCGAUGGUAACUGCACAUGGAAUACGAGUAAUGGAAACUGAAUUCUAUUGUCCUGCAUGUAAUGUUGUAAUGAAUAAUAAUAGUGCAAUAGAAAGUCACUUGACUUCCCACUUGAAAAUGGUGUGGCCAAAUUUUAAAUCUUCAUUGGAUUCUCAGCCUAAUCAACCAAAUUCUAAGAUUACAAAUCAAUCAGAAAAUGAAAAUUCGAUUCCACACAUUUGUAACUUAUGUGACGUCAAAGUUCCAUAUGAAAAAAUACUGAUUCAACACUACCUUGGAAAGAAACAUAGAAAAUAUAUGGUUGAAUUAUUUGGUACAAUAGAAAGUAUUAAUAAAGUAAAGACUGAUGAUGAAACUGAAGAAAAUGUUAACGCGAUAGAAAACGUUUCAUACUUCUGUCCAGGUUGUGAUCUUAAAGUACACAAAGUGGAGGCACUUCUAAACGUUAAUCAUAAUUCACAAAAACAAGUAGGGCAUACAUGGGUCGUUAUUCCUGGAAAAAAAGCGAUUGCAAAUCCAGCUGCCAAAGAUGUUCAAAGUGCAGCAGGUAGUUUUGAAACAGACCUUAGAACCUUGACAGAAGAAUUAGUAUCAAUACAAAGCAACAAGACUCGAAAAGGAAGGAAGCCAAAAAAAUGCAAUAGUGUUGACGAUGUUGCAUCUGUUAGCAUUGCUGAUAAAAACUCAUCGCCAAAGGAUUUUGUCUUUACUAAAGAUUACAUAUUUGAUGUUGAUAAGAAAAAAUUGCAGAAGCUCAAAUUGAGUUUAAAGUUAUCAUACGUGAUGGACAGCGAGAAGAUGUAUUGUCUUAUUUGCGAAGUGGAGGUGUCUAGUAAAUUGCAAAAUUAUUAUGAACACAUAUGUAGCAUUGACCACAUGAAGAAUCUUGCGCAAAUGGAAAAGGACGAUAAAGAAUUUGAAGAUUAUACAGACCAGUUUAGUGAUUUGAGUCUGGCUAAAGAAUUCGUGCAAGAGCUCAACGAUGCGAUGGUUAAAUGUUUUGCAUGCAACGUGGAAAUUGUUAACGAGGAUCACAAAAUUUUUGACCAUAUUGCUCUGGAGUCGCAUGAUUUGAAGCGGCAAGAAUGGAAUGCUGUGUCAGAUAUAAUAUGUGAAGAUAUACUUUCUGAAACUAAAAAUCUGUGGUACAAUGUUGUAGAUUAUGAAUGUAAAUUAUGCAAUUUUAAGUACAAUUCUGAAGUUGACUUUGGCAAGCAUCUAGAUGAAAAGAUACAUUCCCAGCGUAGUUUGAGCUAUCUAAUGACAAGACAGGGAGAACUAAUGUAUGAUUCUUGUAUACCAUGUUCUUUAUUGUGGUUUGGAAAUACUCUUUCAUAUGCGGAUCACUGCAAGGAAAGGACGCACAAAUAUAAAGUAAAAAAUAACAAAUAUAUUAUCAAGGAGUUACCAGAGAGUGUGAAGUAUAUGCUAACAAAUUUCGAUGAUACUAUAAAUGAUCUCGAUAAGUUAUCCAAUGAGAUUCGUAUAUUCGAAGAAAAAAAGGAAAAAGUUUUACUGAAAGAUUUGGAGAGAUCAGUACAGUCACAGAUUUCCAAGGCAAAGGCCUAUAUAUUUGGAUCUAGAGCAGCGAAUCUGUAUUCUCUCAAAAGUAAUGUAGACGUGUAUAUCGAUUGUGGGGAUAUGUUUUAUGGGCAAAAUUGCUUCAAUGCACAAUUACAAUCUGUAAUGAAAACACUUGAACAGUGUUUAAGCAGCAAGGAUGAAGCUUGGUUAAUUGAAAGUAUCGUUGAGACAACAAAUCCUCCAUAUUUUAAAUUGGAACAUAAACCGACUACAUUAAAAUGUAAUCUGACCUUUGCAAGCGGCCAUAGUGUCGUAUCAACUUAUUUUAUAAAGACUUUUAAUAAUAAAUACCCAACUUGCAAAAAACUUAUAAUAUUUCUGAAGGAAUGGCUUUCAGCUUGUGAUUUACUGGGGUCGUCAUUCAUAAGUAGUUACAUGAUUACUUGGUUGCUGAUCUUUUAUUUACAAAACAAGUUAAUUUUUCCAAGCAUUGCCUGCCUGAUUGAAAUGGAUAAUGCGUCAACAUUAAUUAAAGGAUGGGAAACUGGUGUUAGCUGUGAUUUUAGUAUUAAUCCAUCAAAACUUUCAGCGAGGGAAAUUUUGAUUGAUUUCUUUAAGUUUUACGCUGAUCUUGAUUACAGAAAUCAAGUAAUUUGUCCAUUGCUUGGUACUGUCAUAGAAAAACGUACAUUCACAAAUCCCUCGAAUCUUCCCAUACAAAUGAAGGCUUACAUCGAUGAUAUUAAGGCGAAAAAUAUUCCAUAUUUCCGCACUGAUGUACCUAUGUGUAUACAAGAUCCAUUUUUACUUUCCGACAACAUUGCGGUGAAAACGAAAAAGCUAACGUUAAAUCGUUUCAGGCAAUUAUGUACUAAAAGUGCUAUUUUUUCGAAGAGCAGUUGAGAUUGAUUUGAUUUGAUUUUUUCAAAAAAGAUGAUUUAUUUUUUAUAAAAUAGUAUAUUAACGAAUGAAAGUUGAUCAAGUUUAUACGAGAUAUUAAUUUUUAUAACAUAUACGAUUGACUAAACUUAUUUUUGAUGAGAUGUUUCUUGAAAUAAUUCAAAGUUAAUGUGAAAAAUAUGGAAUUUAUACCCUUUUUUUAUUUUAUUAUUUUAUGAAAACAUUUAUUUGUAUGCAUCAGAAUGAAACUUAAUAAUUACGUGUUAGUCGGUAGUUUUUGUUUGUAAAAGUUUAUAAUCAUCUUGAUUGAUAUCCUGUUUCCAUAUAUAUUCUGUGACAUAACCAGAUUUGGGUAUGCAGGAUUCUGUACACGUAAAUACUGCUAAUAUUCCCCAGUCAAGAUCUUUCAAUGUGUUGUCCAAUUUGAGAUAGUUUAGAAGUUGGGGCAUUAUCUGUAACGGAGAAUGAUUUCAAUUAAUUCACAAUUAUUUCACACAAAAUAAAUAGAAGUUACCUGAAACUCAAA